CGAAGUUCUUAGCUGAGGAGGAGGGAGAGAGUGUGGUAGAUUCCAGAGGAACAGAGAUAGAGAGAUCAGAUGAGGGGGAGGAGGAGGGAAAGAAAAGGAGGCCAGAUUUAGAGAGGUUGAGUUUGAGGUGAUGCAAAUGCAUCCAGGAGAUAGCAGACUGACAGGUAGAGCUUUUCACUCAAAACUCACAAGUAGAGCCUGCAAUGGGUCACACUGCUGCUAUUUCUACUGUAUCACAAGUAGAGCCUGCAAUGGGUCACACUGCUGCUAUUCCUACUGUAUCACUGCAGAGAUGCUGCUGGGAGCUGGAAUCUCUCUACUAACUGAUUGUAGGGGAAUGUGUCCUAAUCCUUUCCUGUUCUCUGUUUCAGAGGGUCAUCCUCAGGCUGUCCUGACCCUGCAGCCUGCCUGGUCACAGAUAUUCACAGGAGAGACAGUCACCCUGAGCUGUGAGGUGGAGGGGGACUCUGCUGGCUGGAGGUUUAAACAGUACAGAGCUGGACGUGAGGAGGCAAGGUGCAGUGAUCAAUACAGCAGGAGAUAUGGGGACAGCUGCACAAUCAGUAAAGCUCGGCAUUCUCACAGCGGAGUGUACUGGUGUGAGUCUGCAUCAGGACAGGAGCGCAGUAAUGCUGUCAACCUAACUGUGUCAUCUGGCAAGCCAAAGCCUGCACUGACCCGGGAGCCUGCAGGAGAGAUAUCUGAAGGAGACACGGUCACCCUGAGCUGUGUGGUUAAGGGGGGCUCUGGAGGCUGGAGAUAUCUCUGGUACAAAAACAGGCAGGGAGCUCCAGUGUACCAGACUGACAGCAGCAGUGGAACUGGAGCCGGAUACACAAUCAGUGCUGCUGCUCUGUCCCACAGUGGAGAGUACUGGUGUCGAGCUGGACGGGGCAGGAACACGUCUUACUCACAAUACAGCGAAGGUGUGAAGAUGCAAGUAUCAGAGCUGUUCAGCACACCCACUCUGACAGUGCUACCUGGUGCCUCAGUGUGGGAGGGAGAGGCUGUGACUCUGCAGUGUGGGGCUCACAUAAAUAAACAGGGCACACAGCUGCAGUACCGCUAUAGCAAAGACAAUGGGACUGUGAGAGGAGCGGGAUCACAGGAUCAGCACUCAAUCCCAGCGGCAGGGCUGAGAGACACAGGGAGAUACCAGUGUGAGGUGGAGGCAGCAGGGACGGGGCUGAAGAAAAGGAGUGCUUCUGUGUCACUGACUGUGAGAGCUCUGUUCUCCAGGGUGACUCUGACAGCAUAUCCAGGAUCCACAGUGAAGGAGGGAGAGGCUCUUAACCUGACCUGUGAGGCAGCAGUGAACAAAACCCCCCGCCCUGAACUCCACUACACCAUUGUGAGAGACGGGGAGCCUGUGACUAACAGCACUGACUCUGCACUGUACAGCAUAGCCAGCACUGAGAAGAGCCACACUGGGAGCUACACGUGUGCUGUGGAGUCACAGGGAGUGAAGAAGAGCAGCCAGGAGUUACACAUUGAACUGCAAAGCGCCCUGCAGAUCAGACUCCUGCACAGCCCUCGAGGGGAACGGAGCUCUCCGGACUUGGACAGGAGCCUGAUAACCCCAGUGCUGCAGACAACAGUGACGUCCUUUAUUCAGAGCUCGACAUGA